UGACGUGUAGGUAAACAAACGCUGAGCCAAUCACAGAGAGGCAGCCCGGUCAGCUGACAGCAGUUUCCGGAAGUGUUGUGUUGUCAAAAUGGCCGACCACCACCAUCACGACUUCUCUCUGUGUUUCUGCGAUUUAAUGAGGCUGUUGUGGUCUCUGGUGGUCCCCUGUGUCUACCUCAGUCUGGUCCUGACCCUCCUCCUGCUGCUGCUCCUGUUCGGGGUCCGUGUGUGGCUGCGGGGCCGCCGCAAAGCCCGCCGGGAGCAGAGCGACGGUGGCCCGGCGGUGGCUUUCUUCCAUCCGUACUGUAACGCGGGAGGAGGCGGGGAGAGAGUCCUCUGGUGCUCCCUGAGGGCCCUGAUGAACCGAUACCCCACCGUCUCCUUCGUGGUUUACACCGGCGACCAGGACGUGACGGGCGAGCAGAUUCUGGAGGGAGCCCGGCAGCGUUUCAACAUCACGCUGCCUCGACGGGUCACCUUCAUCUUCCUGCGUCACCGCGUGCUGGUGGAGGCCGCCUCCUACCCACACUUCACCCUGCUGGGCCAGAGCGCCGGAUCCAUGUUCCUCGGCUGGGAGGCGUUGACGGCGUUUGUUCCCGACAUCUACGUGGACUCGAUGGGUUACGCCUUCACCCUGCCGAUCUUCCGUUACCUGGGAGGCUGUAGGGUGGCGAGCUACGUUCACUAUCCCACCGUCAGCACCGACAUGCUGUCAGUGGUCAGAGAGAGGAACCCCAGAUUCAACAACGCGGACUUUAUCUCCAGGAACCCGGUGCUGAGCGCCCUGAAGGUGGUGUAUUACUGCUGCUUCGCUCUGCUGUACGGACUCGCUGGCUCCUGCAGCGACGUCAUCAUGGUGAACUCCACCUGGACCCUGGGACAUAUCCUGGCCCUCUGGCGCUCCCCGAGCCGCACCAGCAUCGUCUACCCGCCCUGCGACGUCAGGGCCUUCCUGGACGUCCCGCUGGAGGAGGAGGAGGAGGAGGAUGAAGAGGAGGGCUGGGAGGAGCUCGGGCGGGAGCUGGGGAGCGGAGGGGAAGAGGAGGGAGGAGGAGGGGACAGGAAGUGCCACUCCAUCGUGUCGGUGGGGCAGUUCCGGCCGGAGAAAGACCACCGGCUGCAAAUCAGAGCGUUCGGCAGACUGCUGGACAGGAAGGGGGAGGGUCCCGGGGGGAGGGAGUCGCUGAGGCUGGUGCUGAUCGGGGGGUGCAGGAACCAGGAGGAUGAGGACAGGGUGCGGGGGCUGCGGGGGCUCUGCGAGGAGCUGGGCGUGUCCGACCGCGUCGACUUCAAACUCAACGUGCCCUUCGAGGAGCUGAAGAGGGAGCUGGUGGACGCCACCGUCGGGCUGCACACCAUGUGGAACGAACACUUCGGGAUAGGUGUGGUAGAGUGUAUGGCUGCAGGUACGGUUGUUCUGGCUCAUAAGUCCGGCGGUCCGAAGUUGGACAUCGUGGUACCGUACGAGGGCGGGCAGACGGGCUUCCUGGCCGACAGCGAGGACAGCUACGCCGCCGCCAUGGAAACCAUCCUGACGCUGUCUCCGUCGGCCCGACUGGAGAUCCGACACAACGCCCGCCGCUCCGUGGAGCGCUUCUCCGACCAGGAGUUUGAGGCCAGUUUCCUCGCCGCCACCGAGUCUCUGAUGAGCCGACUGGAGCGAUGAGGACCCAGCGAGAGAGAGAGACAGACAGACAGACAGACAGACUGGAAGAGAAGCCGACACUUCCUGGUGAACGCAGAUAAAACAACAUACAGGACGUUUUACAGAAGAUGAAGCGGUUCUGAAGAACAGUAGCAGAGAGCUGGAGGGUUUGGAUGAGAACAUUUGACAUCCUCACAGCUGUAUUAGACCACUGACCUCCAGUCUGCAGUUAAUCACUGAUCAAACUGGGAUCAAUUUAAAUUACAAUCAAUAAAAACAGCCCACCCUGUUUCCUCCUUUUCCUGAAGACCCCCAACGACCCGCUCAGGGAGCCCGGUUGUAGUCGACUGUCAACCUGAACCCAGAAAUGUUGAGAACCAAAGAUUGAUUCAGUUUGAGUCUGUUAGAAACUGAUUAACAAAUGUUUAACAUAAUUAGAAUAAUUAGCACUAAAUUAACUCAAAUGAAUCUAAAUCUGACUAAUUAAGGUUUAUUUUGUAUUUUGAAAACAUCAGGAAACGGAUUAAUAAUAAUCAAUAACCCACAACUUCCUUUAUUGUGAUCAAUCAGCCAAUCAGCUGCUUUAUCGUCCAUAUAGAUGAUUAUUGAUGCUAACUGUUAGCAGGUUAGCAUCAGACUGAACAUUUGAAACUUUAAACUGUUCACAGUGAGGAAACAUAGCUUAGCACAAAUGCUAACACAGAAGAACCAGGAGAGGAAGACUUUGAUGUGUUAAUGUGAGGAAGGUUAAGGCCUCUUCAUCACUGCACACCUCUGAUGGUUUCCACUUUAUUUAAUGUAACACCUGAACUCUGUUUAUCUGCCUCAUUAUGUGUUUGUGUGUAUGUCUCCUUUAUGCUACGCUAGCAGUUUCCCUCUGCUUCCAGUCUUUGUGCUAAGCUAGGCUAAUACGAAUGUCUGGGGACAUGUUCCAUUAAAGUGUUUAAUUAAAGUUACAUUCCACACUGAGGGUUAUAUCCACUUACUGGUUAUAUUAUUGAUUAUAGUUUUGUUACAUUGGAUCAUCUGUUGAUCAAUGAUUCCUGAAUAUAAACAGGUUGCAAUGUUAUUUGUUAGUUAAAUUAAAACUUGAUGUGUGUUUGGGUUAAAUGUUUCACUUCCUGUGUUCCUGUUAGAAAUAUAAUAAUAUAUAAAUAUUGAAGAAGCUUUAUUUUGAAAGAGGCAUUAUUGCUAUUAAAUUCUAUGUAUUGAUCUUUCACUGGCAGUCUAUUGUUCACACUUUAAACUGCAAUAAAACAUCAAACAUA